CAUGCGAGGCCCCGCCCCGCCCUUUGCAGGACGUCACCGAGGACUGCAGGGGCCUGAUCCGCCGCCGCCGCCGCCGCCGCUGCCGUGCAGCCCACACCGGCGCACCGGGACCCGUGUCGCCGCCGCCGCCGCCGCCGGAACAGCCGCCGCCAGGGUCGCCGUUGCAUUGGCGCAGGGCAAGAUGGCGUCUGCCACAGACUCUCGCUACGGGCAGAAGGAGUCCUCGGACCAGAACUUCGACUACAUGUUCAAGAUCCUCAUCAUCGGCAACAGCAGCGUGGGCAAGACGUCCUUCCUCUUCCGCUACGCAGACGACUCCUUCACGCCCGCCUUCGUCAGCACCGUGGGCAUCGACUUCAAGGUCAAGACCAUCUACCGCAACGACAAGAGGAUCAAGCUGCAGAUCUGGGACACGGCGGGGCAGGAGCGUUACCGCACCAUCACCACGGCCUACUACCGGGGCGCCAUGGGCUUCAUCCUCAUGUACGACAUCACCAACGAGGAGUCCUUCAACGCCGUGCAGGACUGGUCCACCCAGAUCAAGACCUACUCGUGGGACAACGCCCAGGUGCUGCUAGUGGGGAACAAGUGUGACAUGGAAGACGAGAGGGUGGUGUCGUCGGAACGUGGCCGGCAGCUGGCUGACCACCUUGGGUUCGAGUUCUUCGAGGCGAGUGCCAAGGACAACAUCAACGUCAAACAGACCUUCGAGCGCCUGGUGGACGUGAUCUGCGAGAAGAUGUCCGAGUCUCUGGACACCGCGGACCCCGCCGUCACGGGCGCCAAGCAGGGCCCGCAGCUCAGCGACCAGCAGGCGCCCCCGCACCAGGACUGCGCGUGCUGAGCCCCCCCC